AUUCCGCAACACGUCAACGGGUGGUAUGUAUCGCCCUGGUUCAUAUUCAGGUUCAGGAGGGUAUGGUGACAGAUUUGAUGAAGAUCGUUAUGGAGGCAGAGAUGAAGAAAGAAAUGGUUAUGGGAGGGAAAGGGAAUACUACAAAGAUGAGGACAAAUAUGGCAGAUAUGGAGACUCAAACAGCCGUGAUGGGGAUCGCUAUGGUAGAGAUUACGAUGAGCGCAGCCGAGAUGGAUACAAGGAUGAUGAUUAUCGUGGAAGAAGUCGGAGCACUGAUGAUUUUAAUUAUGGAUCAAGAAGUAGAAGUUCUGACAGGUACAAGGAUCGUGGCAAUGAUGACGACGGUCAAUAUUCUUCUAGGCCGCUUGAAAGGAGGUUUUCUGAACAAAACCUUAGUGCACCUCCUAGUUAUGAGGAAGCUGUUGGUGCUUCACGUAGCCCAGCACAUAGUGAAAGGGAUGUAGACACUUCUUCAGCAUCUGCUCCCAAAUCUUCUUCUCCUCAUGCAAGUGCCAGUCCUAGCCCAGCUAAUAUGCCUUCUCCGGCACCAGCUACUGCUCCACCACCAGCUCCAGCAGCAGCUACUGCUUCACCACCAGCUCCAGCAGCAGCUACUGCUCCACCACCAGACAACAAGGUUGUUGAGAGUUUUGAUGAAUUUGAUCCCCGUGCAUCUUUUUCAGCGGCCCCAGCUCCAUCAAAUGUUCCUGUGUCAACUACUUCUGGUGGCGAAAUGGAUUUACUUGGCGCCUUGUCUGAGCCGUUUUCCUCCAACUCAUUAGCCCUUGUACCUGCAGCUUCGGGUGCCUCUGAGGUUAAUCCUUCUGGGACCACUGGCACUGGCACUGAGACCAUGUUUGGGGAAGCAUCAUCAGGAUCUACCAUCUCUAACCAGAUGUUUGAGGAUCCUUUUGGUGAUGGUCCUUUCAGGGCUAUGACCUCGAAUAGCAUGCAAACUCAUCUGCAGAACUCUACAUCUUUCCAUCCUAAUAUAAAUCAAAGCCCUGAGCUUCCUCAAUCGGUCCCUCAGGGUGCUGAGAUCUCAAGUGCAACAUAUAGUCAGGUUACUCCAACUAAUAUGCAAUACGCUCAGCAGGAGCUGUCCACCUCCAACCAGGAGAUUGAUAUAUUGGCUGAUAUUCUCCCACCAUCUGGUCCUCCACCUCCAAGUGUCCAACCUGCUACACAGGCAGGUUUUGAAUCUCAUGGCGGGGCAACUAUACAACAUACAGGUUAUCUGGCACUUCCGGGCCCAGCGGCGCCUCCCACAGGUUUUGCAGCUCAACCUGGCCAACAGUCACCACAUACCAGUUUUCCAAGUCAAGGACAAACUAUAUCUCCAGCGGGCUUUUCUGGUCAAGCGAACAAUUCUCCACCUUUUGGAGGUUUUCCAGCUCAACCUGGUCAAGCAUCACAGACUGGAUUUGGACCCCAAGGUGGUCAACCUGCAUCUCUUGCUGGUUUCCACUCUGCAACAGGUUUCUAUCCACAGUCUGGUUUCGGGGGUCCUGGCGGCUCCUCUAUGCAGAACAAUGCAAAUGCUGGAGGUUACAACACAGGAUUAGGAGCUACAGGUCCAUUUGGUCCCCAAAUGGGUCAAACAUCUGCUGGACAACCGUACCUUUCACAGCCAACUGCUGCAUCCCACAUGCCUUCCCAAAUGCCUCUUCAAUAUUCACAAACUCAAACAAGUAAUGCGCUAGUGCUAACACAAACUACUCCAGCUUCAACAGCUCCCAUCAGCAGCACCCAACCAGCCAAAGACAAAUUCGAGACAAAGUCUACUGUUUGGGCAGAUACAUUGAGUCGUGGACUGGUCAAUUUGAACAUUUCUGGAUCUAAAACAAAUCCAUUAGCUGAUAUUGGGGUUGAUUUUGAUGCUAUUAAUCGCAAGGAGAAAAGGAUGGAGAAACCCAGUACAGCCCCCGUGAUAUCAACUGUUAACAUGGGCAAAGCAAUGGGUUCAGGUUCCGGAGUUGGUCGCGCUGGUGCUGGUGCACUAAGGCCUCCUCCAUCGCACCCAAUGGUAGGUUCUGGUAUGGGCAUGGGCAUGGGCAUGGGUAUGGGUGCUGGUGGCCCUGCAGGGGGACCUGGCAUGGGAGCAUAUGGAGGAGUAAACCAGCCUUAUGGCAUGGGGAUGAAUAGACCUAUGAACAUGGGCAUGGGAAUGAACAUGGGUCAAGGAGUUCAGAUGCAACAGCCUACCGGAUUUCCUCCUGGAGCUUCUAUGCCGGGAGGUUACAAUCCCCGGAUGGGCAUGGGUCCCUAUGGCCAACACCCAUAUGGUGGAGGAUACCAAUGAACUUCGCCCAAUUCUGAACGUAAGUAAUGUUUAAAGAUGUGCCUCAUUUGUGUCAUAGUAUCCAGAAUGUCUUCUGGUCUGUAAGCCUAUUAAACUCACCCUCUGUUGUAGAGUUAUUACUUUUUGGGUGCAUGUAGUUUUCAAGGAAAACAGUUAUAUAGGGAGUAUAUGUUGAUUCCUUCUUUUUGAGGGUUUUGCAAUUGCAUUACCAUUUAUCAGUCAUUUGGGGUCAAAGAUUGCUUGCAUAGACCCCUCAUAUUGUUCUGCUGUUGUGCUUUGUAUACACCCGAGGAUCACCCGUCUCCGGUGUUCCUCUUUUUGCCACUCGAUCCAUAUAUACACGUGUAGACUUUUUUGGACUCGUGAUUAUUGAAACCAGACUUGCUGAACUCAUGAAUUUGAUCAUUCUUCUUAUA